GUAACGCUGGUAGCACUCUGCAGAUAUUAGCUGGUUAGCAUCAGUGUGUCUCUUUUCGGGUCCUCAGUCUUACUGGGGCAGAAACUUUAAUGACUAACCAUGGAAGAAUCUGAUUCCUAUCUAAUCCGACCUCAUCAUCAACACAAGUUUAAACCAGCCAUUGUGAAGGAGUGCAUUCGUGAAAUUGUGAGGGAGCGACUGUCUGGAGUGCAGUAUGACCCAGAUCAAGUCCCAGAGCUGUCCCGCUCACUGGCAGACUGCAUCAAGGACAAAGUGAAGAAUGCUGGAUUUGACAGAUAUAAGCUUGUCGUGCAGGUUGUCAUCGGAGAACAGCGCGGGCAGGGGGUCAAAAUGUCUUCCAGAUGUUUCUGGGAUGCCGACACAGACAAUUAUGCAGAAGAUAUUUUCAUGAACGAGAGCUUGUUCUGCCUGGCCGCAGUUUUCGGGAGCUAUUAUUACUGAAGAUGAGAUGACGAACUAGAGGAGGGAUGGCAGAACUCUUUUGGAUGGAAAUGGGUGAGGUGAACAUCGGCUCACUUCCAGCAUUUUGGGCCCAUAAUGCACUGAUCUGGAGUAUUGUAAAUGCUACAUUUGAAGAUCAGAACUGGUGAAAUUCAGUGCAGAAGGUUGCAUAUCCGUACAUGCCGAAGGUGUGUAAAUACUCGAAUUUCACACUAGUUAAGAUCUUUACAACAUGUACAUUGAUCAUGAAUUUAAAUACUUAAAAAAAGCAACAUUUUUUACUUCAAGUGAUUAACAAAUUAAAAUACAUCCUAACUAUAUUUAUUAUAAGUAUUUAGCAGACGUGGCAGACUAGUAGAUGCUAUUUUUGGUCACAUGCAUUUCAGUACUUGCAGCACUUUCAGCUCUAAAAGCAGCUGAAUAAUGGAGUGCAAAGUGACUCAGCAGUACAGUAGAGGUCAGUAUUUGUCUCCAGUUGUUAGCAUCAUAACACAUAUAACUAUGGGUCAGGUUCUUAGAACUCUGAUUUUAACUCACAUUGAAGGUUGAAAUUCAGAAAAAUACGAAGGCAAGAAAACUGCUCAACCUCAUUGCUCACUUGCUGCUCUGUUUCCAAUAUUAAAGACAGGGAUGUGCUCAGGUUUGUUUGCAUAAUCUCGAGUGCCUGCUUACAAAGAGAUCUCUAUAGCCACAUAUAUAGGUUUUUAUAUUUUUUAGCUUCCAAACCUCUGUAGCACUAUGCCAUUGUAAACACUGUCUGACUACCUUUCAGUCUUGUUUGGAAUUCACUCCCCUAGAGUGUGUUUUUUUGGUCAAUUUGUAAUUGGUGACCUUUAACGAUGAGGCUACAGAUAUAUAACAAACGGAGGCUUUCGUUUUACAACAUGGAGCUCACGUCUGCAGAAACAUGGCACAGCGAGAGGGCAGCCUCCGUAGAGGCUUAUUCUCAGGCUCAAAUACCAACAAUUUAAAUUUUAAAGCAGUUCUAGGCUUACACAAAUAUACCUAUGACCAAUAUAUUCAAUGUCUGCCUUCAAAACAACAUGUUACACACGGGUUGUUCAAGAUGCUUUGUGAUCACUCCUAUCACUUGCUCAUGCAUCCCCGACAGAAACAUUAGAUAUAGCCAGUAGGAAAGUUUGGAUAUAGUUGUGGCUGGCGAUGAGUCAUGGUUGUCCACUUUAUAGGAUUUGAUCAGUUCGGAUCAGCUAAGACACAUAAGGUCGAGUCUGAUUUGUCAGCACAUGCUUUCUAGGAUUAAACAGGGUGAAAAUGAUAUCCUGUGUCCACCUGACAGGAGAUAUUAAAGUUAGAAAAAUACUGACAUCUUAAUGCCCAUCAGCCGGAAAUAAUACUGUAUGCAUGGUUUAAGAGAAAAUGAGUGCUGUCAAAGACAUCCUGACGACUACCGCCAGUUAUUAGGGUAAAUUAUUCAUGCUGCUUUCGCUUGAUUAAAAUGAAUUCACUGACCUUUAGGUCACGAGUGGUUUUACUCCGAAAGAGAGCCGAUUCAUUUUUGUCUUAGUUGUAAAACAAGAAAGUUAUAUCAGUCUGCUGCAAGUGAAAAAGGUCUACAUUUAUACAGAUAUAUACUAAUUAUUGAGGAGCCACCACAAUUAACUGGAUCUAUGACUGUUCCUAGGUUUCCUGUUCGAAAUUCUUCUUAAAGGAGGAAUUUGUUUCACAAUAAAACAAAUUACUGUAACAAUGCUGAUCUUUUUGAGGUCUAAGUUUUUACGUUUGAUAUUUGCACUGUAAUUUAAACAGGACGUAAGAAAAUGCAUUAGAUAUUUGUUACUGUGUGUUGAUAAGACUUUUGCUUUUUAUGUGUUUUUGUGGAAUUUUCCGUUGUUCUCAUUUCAUUUAGAAGAAAUUCUGACUGAUUUUGUGACUUUUUUUGCUGCUAAUUUAACCUCAGAUUUAGACUAGUCAAAAGAUGGCCAUGUAAACCCUAUUUUUAGUAAACGACACAUAUUUUAAUAAAUAAAUAAAUACUGUUCACCAUUA